UGCAAUUUUUGCCAAAGAGAGUCCAAAUCCCAAGCGACGCGUCAGUGUCUCCGUUUACAAUCCACUCUCAUGCACAGCCAGCUCCCACAAACCUGAAGCCCACAGAGCCAUCUCUAGAGGCGCAUUUGGCUUUCUAAGCCUGAGGGACUCGGCUUUGGCCCAGCGGGCUGGCGUGGCUCAAGCUCAGACCACAUGACGUGGCCAUUUCACUAGUUCUAGGCCAAGACUGCCGGGAGGGGCGGAACAAUGCCCGUACACAGAAGAAGGUAGCAGGAGCCCUUCCUUUCCCACCCUCGUCCGUCAUCGCUGCCAAUCGAGGAGGAGGAGCUACGAGCGAGCCGGUAGCCGAGUUUUUGUGGAGCCGCGCGUAGGUGAAGGCGGGAGCACGGCGGGAGUGGGCGUUCCAGAGUGGGGGCGGUGGGGAACCUGCUGAGAAUUGAAGAGUCGCUUGAAAACAUUCAGGCCAUUUGACAACCAUGGAUAAAUAUACUGUGUUAAGAAUUCUCGGAGAAGGAUCAUUUGGGAGAGUUCUGUUAGUCCAUCACAAGAACAGAAAUCAGAAAUAUGCAAUGAAGGAAAUAAGACUUCCCAAGUCUGUCAUUGAUACAGAGAAAUCUUGGAAUGAAUCUAUUCUGUUGGCUAAAAUGAAGCAUCCAAAUAUUGUCACUUACCAGGAAUCAUUUGAAGCUGAUGGACAUCUAUAUAUAGUGAUGGAAUACUGUGACGAUGGAGAUCUAAUGCAAAAAAUAAAACUUCAAAAAGGAAAGUUGUUUCCUGAAGAUACGAUACUCACUUGGUUUGCACAGAUAUGCCUGGGUGUGAAAUACAUUCAUGACAGACGUGUAUUGCACAGAGACAUCAAAUCCAAGAACAUAUUUCUCACACAACAUGGAAAAGUAAAACUGGGAGAUUUUGGAUCUGCACUACUACUUACCAGCCCAAUGGCAUAUGCUUGUUCAUAUGUAGGUACCCCAUAUUAUGUACCUCCAGAAAUCUGGGAGAACACACCCUACAACAAUAAAAGAGCAAAAAACACUCUCCCAUUGGUUGAGGUGAUUAUGACAUCAACGCUGCUCAAUCUCCCUGUUCAGGGCAGUGAUAUAUGGUCUCUGGGAUGCAUUUUAUAUGAACUGUGUACUCUUAAACACCCUUUUCAGGCCUAUAGCUGGAAACAUCUUAUCCUCAAGAUAUGUAAAGGAUACUACAAUCCACUCCCAUCCCAUUACACGUAUGAACUUCACUAUUUGAUAAAACAGAUGUUUAAAAGGAAUCCAAAAAACCGUCCAUCAGCUACCACAAUUCUUACAAGAAACUGCCUGUCAAAGCUUGUAAGAAACUUUGCUGCAACAGAGGAGAAAGGAGAAUAUGCAAGAAGUAAGACUAGCAAUUUGGACCUGGGGGCCGUUUCCAAAGGUUUCAGUGAAUUAGGACUGGAGAAAACGAAUGUGGAUGAAAUAGUCUCCUCACAGGCGGUUUCAACAAGCCCUCACAGACAACAGUGGGGAAAGGGAAGACCCAGUACUAUGAUCAAUGUCCUGGAAAAUGCCCCUUUACUUUCUUCCAGUUUUUCAAUCCAGGAGGAUACAAGUGGCAAUGUGAGAAAAUAUGAUGAAAACAUCCCACGAAAACAGUGGACCAAGGAACCUCCUGAAACUUUAAUGAAUAUGCUCCACAAUGCAGAUAUUAGCUUAGCUUUCAAAACAUACACAAUCUACAAAGCAGCCUCAGAUGACCUCCUCAGAGGACCACUUACUGAAGAGGUUAAAACUUCUGAUGAACCAGAUGGAGAAACAAUUACAGAGGACAGAGAGAGACUUGAACCUAGAUCGGAUGAGGAAGACACGGACUUUGAAGCUGAAGAUGAUCCAGAUUGGGUUUUUGAACUGAAAAGAACUAUGAUGGAGUCACAGACAGCAAAUUAACUAAAGAAUCAAACUAAAGAAAUUAGAUAUAUUUGAUACAAUUCAUAAUUUUAAUGUCUUGAAUAAAAAAUAUUGGUGAAGAACUUGAAAGUUAAUUUAAGUUAGUGAACAAUUUAAGUCAACAGAAGCUUACGAAUGCAGGUACAAAAAUUCCAGAUGAAGUUCUUCAGACAAGCAACAAAAGUGCAUUGACUAAACCGAUUUUAUGGUUUUAUUUACUUUAUUUUUAUUUGAAUGUAUAUACUGCUUUUCAGAAAGUCUAAAUGCAGUGCACAGCAUAAAAAAAACCACACACAGUAAAAACAAAAGCAAUAAAAAUACGGUGUUAAAUGUUUAUAGAGUUUCUUCCCUGUAUGAAACCUUUAAUUUGAUGUUGUCUUCGAGUGUAAACUGCUUUGAAGUGUGAGUUGAGGUGGUACAUAAAAUAAAUAAAUAAAUGUGAAGCAA